AAACUUAAUCAUAGAAAAACCAAAAGGAACUCAGAGAGAAGAAGAAUAAGAUAGAAAGAGCAGAAGUUUGUGCGGACAACAAUUGACUGACUAUAUGGCAACGACGGUGUAUGCGGCGGCCGCAACCGGCGUCUUGUUACCACGUGUUCCCACCAUAACCACCACCACCAUCCGUUGCUCCGCCUUACCUAACCUCCCUGCACGUUCUGGGUUUUCUGAUUCUAUCAAACAGCGGGCUUCAGGAUCAAAGAGGUCAUCUCAGUUCCAGGUCAAGGCAUCAGAAGAUGCUUCUUCCGUAGAUGCUAACGAGUUGUUCACCGACCUAAAGGAAAAGUGGGAUGCACUUGAAAACAAGUCCACAGUCAUUAUCUAUGGAGGAGGAGGAGUCGUUGCAAUUUGGCUAUCCUCAAUUCUUAUUGGUGCCAUCAACUCAGUGCCAUUGCUUCCAAAGAUCAUGGAGUUGGUAGGACUUGGAUAUUCUGGAUGGUUUGUCUACCGAUAUCUGCUCUUCAAGUCCAGUAGAAAAGAGCUGGCUACCGAUAUCGAGUCUAUAAAGAAGAAGAUCGCAGGGACCGAAUAGAUGGUUGUGAUUUUGCUUUACAAUCCUACAUUUACUUUGUUUGUCGAAUGUGAAUCAUCAAUGUUUUUUCUAUAUAUAAAGAUAUUUUGUGUACAAGAGGCAUAUAUGGUCUUGUAAUGUAGUAUAGAUGUUAUGUGGAA